CGGGACCCUGUCUCAAAAAAUAGAUGAAUAAAUAAAUAAAAACAAAUAUAAUGGAAGUUUGGAUAGGAAUUUAAAACAUGUGGCAACUAACCCUGACCCUGCGGCUUCAGUCUCCCCGCCGCUAGCUGAGGGCCGUGGCCGCUGCACAGAGGCUUGUGAGGAUUCGGGGGUUCAGGCAGCGCCCGCCGCGCAUCUGCCAGACGUGCGGCCACAGGGUAGGAGCAGUAAGAAGGAUCCAGGGAAAAAAGUCCACGAAUGAGAAAGGAAACCCAGCGUUUGUAGGGCUAGGAGAACAAAGAAAGAAAAUGCUGGCGGCGGAGGGCGAGGCUCUGCGGUGCGUGGCAGAUGAGAAUUUGCUCGGUGGCGGCUCCUCUUUCUGGAGGGCUUCCCAGCGUCCCCUCCCCCGCCAGCCCGCGGUGACGCGCCCGGCACCCACCAGAGCCGGCUCUCGGCGCCGUCGCGCCUUCGCUCGCCCGCUUAGGCCGUGCUCGGGGUGGCGUGGGCGUCAGAGAGGCCGGGGAGGACCCUGGAACAUGCAGUGGUAUGGAAGACGCCUAGGAAAGGGCUUCUCUUUCCACUCACGAAAAUCAGUGUGUGAGCUCGAAGCCAUUUCCCAGCGUGUCCGCCUCAACUCCCUCAUUCAACAGAUGAGGAAUUCCUCCAGGGAAAUGCAGUGAUGCGCUCACGGCUGCCGGCGGCCAAGCGCCAAGGGGCGCUCCACAGCCCCGCGGCCCGAAGCCCUCGGCUCGGCUGCCACGCAGGCCCCGCGGCCCCGCUCGGACUCCCAGGAUCGGCUUCCGGGCGGGACAGCGCUGCAGUCCACGAGUCCGGGCAGGGGCGCCUCCAAGCCGGAGCGGUUUCCUGCCUCGGGCACUCUGCUGUCUCCACAAACGGUUUUUGGAGGCACACACACGGAUACUUUAACACGUCGGUGAUGAAUCGGUACCCAGCUGCCAGUGGCGGAGCUUCCUGGGCGGGGCCGCGGGCGCGCGGCGGCCUCAUUUCCUCGCGCGCGCCGGAAGUGGCCUCUCAGGCGCGGCGGCGCGCCUGGGGGGUGGGUGGCUGAGGCGGCGGCGGCCCCAAGGCGUGAGGCGCCGCCCUGCUGUGCCCGCGGCGCAGGAAGCGGCGGAAAGCAGAGCGGGCGAGCCCGGCUGGGCAUGGUGGCUCAUGCCUGUGAUCCCAGCACUUUUCGAGGCUGAGGCGGGUGGAUCACCUGAGGUCGAGAGUUCAAGACCAGCCUGACCAACAUGGAGAAACCCCAUCUCUACUAAAAAUACAGAAUUAGCCAGGCGUGGUGGUGCAUGCCUGUAAUCCCAGCUACUCGGCAGGCUGAGGCAGGAGAAUCCCUUGAACGUGGGAGGCAGAGGUUGCAGUGAGCUGAGAUCGCGCCAUUGCACUCCAGCCUGGGCAACAAAAGUGAAGCUCUGUCUCAAAAAAAUAAUAGUAAUAAUAAAUAAAUGUUUGGUACAUUCCACCAGUGAAGCCUCGUGGCCUGGACUUUUCAUUAAAAAUCACUACCAAUAUAAUGGAUUUUAUAUAUCAGAUUGCUUUAUUCUGGAUAUCAUGGUAACAAUACAGAAAGUAUACAUAAUUUCCCAUUUCUGCAAGUAGUCAUGACUGCUGAAGAAAGAAAAACUUAAAAGCUACGGCAGAAUUAUUUGGGUACCUUUUAUGGAAAUUCUGAUUUUGUUUUUAAUUUUUGAUAACUUUUUACUAAAGGUAUGAACACACAAAGAGCUUAUUUUGUUAGGCAAAUACACAUUAAUAAGAAUGCCUAGAAGAGGACUGAUUCUUCACACCCGGACCCACUGGUUGCUGUUGGGCCUUGCUUUGCUCUGCAGUUUGGUAUUAUUUAUGUACCUCCUGGAAUGUGCCCCCCAGACUGAUGGAAAUGCAUCUCUUCCUGGUGUUGUUGGGGAAAAUUAUGGUAAAGAGUAUUAUCAAGCCCUCCUACAGGAACAAGAAGAACAUUAUCAGACCAGGGCAACCAGUCUGAAACGCCAAAUUGCCCAACUAAAACAAGAAUUACAAGAAAUGAGUGAGAAGAUGAGGUCACUGCAAGAAAGAAGGAAUGUAGGGGCUAAUGGCAUAGGCUAUCAGAGCAACAAAGAGCAAGCACCUAGUGAUCUUUUAGAGUUUCUUCAUUCCCAAAUUGACAAAGCUGAAGUUAACAUAGGGGCCAAACUACCCAGUGAGUAUGGGGUCAUUCCCUUUGAAAGUUUUACCUUAAUGAAAGUAUUUCAAUUGGAAAUGGGUCUCACUCGCCAUCCUGAAGAAAAGCCAGUUAGAAAAGACAAACGAGAUGAAUUGGUGGAAGUUAUUGAAGCGGGCUUGGAGGUCAUUAAUAAUCCUGAUGAAGAUGAUGAACAAGAAGAUGAGGAGGGUCCCCUUGGAGAGAAACUGAUAUUUAAUGAAAAUGACUUCGUAGAAGGUUAUUAUCGCACUGAGAGAGAUAAGGGCACGCAGUAUGAACUCUUUUUUAAGAAAGCAGACCUUACGGAAUAUAGACAUGUGACCCUCUUCCGCCCUUUUGGACCUCUCAUGAAAGUGAAGAGUGAGAUGAUUGACAUCACUAGAUCAAUUAUUAAUAUCAUUGUGCCACUUGCUGAAAGAACUGAAGCAUUUGUACAAUUUAUGCAGAACUUCAGGGAUGUUUGUAUUCAUCAAGACAAGAAGAUUCAUCUCACAGUGGUGUAUUUUGGUAAAGAAGGACUGUCUAAAGUCAAGUCUAUCCUAGAAUCUGUCACAAGUGAGUCUAAUUUUCACAAUUACACCUUGGUCUCAUUGAAUGAAGAAUUUAAUCGUGGACGAGGACUAAAUGUGGGUGCCCGAGCUUGGGACAAGGGAGAGGUCUUGAUGUUUUUCUGUGAUGUUGAUAUCUAUUUCUCAGCCGAAUUCCUUAACAGCUGCCGGUUAAAUGCUGAGCCAGGUAAGAAGGUGUUUUACCCUGUGGUGUUCAGUCUUUACAAUCCUGCCAUUGUUUAUGCCAACCAGGAAGUGCCACCACCUGUGGAGCAGCAGCUGGUUCACAAAAAGGAUUCUGGCUUUUGGCGAGAUUUUGGCUUUGGAAUGACUUGUCAGUAUCGUUCCGAUUUCCUGACCAUAGGUGGAUUUGACAUGGAAGUGAAAGGUUGGGGUGGAGAAGAUGUUCAUCUUUAUCGAAAAUACUUACAUGGUGACCUCAUUGUGAUUCGGACUCCGGUUCCUGGUCUUUUCCACCUCUGGCAUGAAAAGCGCUGUGCUGAUGAGCUGACCCCCGAGCAGUACCGCAUGUGCAUCCAGUCUAAAGCCAUGAAUGAGGCCUCUCACUCCCACCUGGGAAUGCUGGUCUUCAGGGAGGAAAUAGAGACGCAUCUUCAUAAACAGGCAUACAGGACAAACAGUGAAGCUGUUGGUUGAAAUCAUAAUUAAUGCGUUACUGUAUGAACGACAAACCAGCACUAUUUAUUUAGCCUUACUUCUACUUCCAGAUGCAGUGCCUCUUUUGGAGAAGACAUGUUUAUUUUUCAUGUUCUUUCUGACAUUACUUUAGCAAUUCAACUUGAUGUGAGAAGAAAAAACAAAUGUUUCAACACAAAAUCUCUGUUUUGUGAGAAUACUGCACUAUGGAAUAAUUGACAAAUUGAAAUCUCAUAUUUGUCCCAAAAGUUGUUUUGAGUUAGUUCUACCUGGUGCCCAUGUUCUGAUUGUGUGUGGGAUUGCAUGGUGUCCUGAUUGCAUCUAGGUGGAGCGGAUGGAAUGUGCUGGGCCACUGUUGGGUGGAGAGCAGCACAUUCUUACAGAGGAGAUGGAGUGUUAUGAGCAUAGUAUGUGGAUAGGUAUCUUCACCUGCCCGCCCCUGAGUCAGCCUCCUUGAUUUGAUAGCUUGAAGAAUCCUUUUCCACUGAAAUAGAGGAUAAUUAAUUGACACAUCUGAAAUCCCCAAUCAAUCAAUCAAGAGAAAGGUAGAACUAAAAACUCCUUAACUUACUGUUGCUUACACCCCUGAAAGUCUGUGUUUAAGCAAAUGGGUAAUAGUAGAAAAUAGGUUAGAAUCUAUGGCUUGAUUAAAAAUAUAAUGUUAUUACAUUAUCAUGUUCAGGAUUAGGAUUAGUAGUCAGUUGCUGUAAACUAUUUUGAACAAACAGAAAAGAACACGGAAACAUUUUUAACAGAGCAUUUAAUUAUGUUGGAGUACAGGAUCCUAGCUCUGUCUGGGAACAUAAGUUUAUGUGAGCCAGCUCUAUCAGGGUCUUCCCAUGGUGGUUCAGAAUAGAUGAGCAUAGCAUGGUUUUGUUUGUUUUUGCUUUCAAUUUUCUAAUUUGGCAUGGAUCCAUAUGUAUUUACUAUCCUUUUUCUAAUAUAUUAAUAUAUGCUACAUUUGUAUUUGCAUUACUAUAAUACUUUGAGUUGAAAAAGUUUCAUUGUGGAGAGAAAAAGCAAAUGGUAUGCCACAAGAUCACUCUGAUUCGAGAAAAGGGAGAAGGGGAAGAUUGAAUGGAAAUCUGAAAUACAGAAUGUUUUAGAGAAAUAUGUCACUUGCAUAUAGAGUGUUUUAAUUGAGGUAUAAAUUAGUGAGACAAAGUGAAGAAAUUAUAUUCAGAUAGGACUGCACUACAUUAUUUGUCACACAUGGAUCUGUUACCAUCAGGUCAAUUCCUAGUAUGCAUAAAUUUUUUAACCCUUUUAAGAGACUUAUGUUGAAAACCCCUGAAAAUUCACUGAAGAAAAAUCAUUACUCUUUUUCUCAGUAAAUCAUAUCAUCUGAAAUAUUACAAAUUUCAAAUUUCUAGGUGCUAUAUUAAUUCAAUAUUACAAUAACUCUUACCUAAUUAUUCUUACAAGUUUUAAGUUGUGGUAGUUUAGUGAUUUUUUUAAAAGAUGUGUUAAAUGUUAUCUGCAAAAUAAUUCAGGCCACUGUCUCCUUUUAUAUAUUAUAAUUAUUUAUUAUGAAGACCAGCGAAUUACAAUAUUUAAAGUGAGAGAACUUAAUUUUUGCAAAGGUAAGUUACAGCUUGUUUUUUGAGAGAAUCAAAUGAGUUUACUUUUGUUCCUGUUGUUUUUAAACUAGCUUUAAGUUUAAAGAUGGAAGGUAAGCAAUGGAAAUGCUAUACGUUUUUGACAUUUAUUAAAUGGUACCAAUAAAGUAUUUUAUUACCAAAA